AGUACUCAAGAGACAGAUUUAGUUGCUAAUUUAUCAUGAUUCAUAAUUGUCCCCUGUUUUCUAAUGCCUCGUUCGACCUGUCUACAUGGGUAUCUGCCCCCUCACAUCUCUCUCAUUCAUUAUUAUCUUGAGCUUUGGUUGGAUUUGUUUGCACACUCCAUCUCUCUUCUGGUUCUGGUAGAUGAACUAAUCAAUGUAUUUUUGGACCUUGGAAAGCUCAUGUGUUGUCUGGGGGUCAUUUUCUGAUGCUUGUUUUUGUUUUUCUUUUGUGCCCAUUUCGUGCUGUAUCUGGCAAUGUCAGCUUCUUGACCACUUGUUCGUUUCUUGUUCACCUUCAUAUUCAUAUCUCACCCUUUCUUCUUUAUUAUAUGACAUAUUAAUGGGAAGAAAUUAUUGUUUACUCUAGAGCUGAUGCUACCCUUUUUAUAGAGUAAACAGAGUCAACUUUCUACUUCAGUCAGAAAUUUGUGAUCUCGUCUUCCAUAUAUUGCUCUCUGUCUCUUUAUGAACUUCAUAUUCUGGGUGUAAAUUGCCUCUCUUCCAUAAGCCAUGAGUUCUCAAAGUAAAUUAGCUUAUGAUAAUCGGCUGCUUCAAAAUAUGCUUGGCAAUUGCGAGUCUCCCACACUAUUGUCCUACUAUAACCCUAUUGCACAGUCGGACAGGAUUUUACCUGACCAGGCUUCUUUAUGUUGCGACUCAGAAAAGGCAUUGAGCUGUAGUGUUAUCACCUCUUCUGCUUUAGAUGACAUUCCAACCCCAAAGUCUUCUGCAGAGCUGGAGGAGGAGAUUGCCACCCUUGAGCUUGAGAUUAUGCAUUUGGAACGCCAUCUUCUUUCACUAUAUAGAACAGCUUUCCAAGGUUGUGCCUUGCCAAAUACCCCAGAUAGACAUGUUCAAUUUAUGAAACGAUCGCCCUCAAAAACUGUACUUAAACAACCACAUCCCCAGCUAGAGUUGCAAGUGCAUAAAGGUGGACGGUUCCAACAUGAGCAAACUUCCCCUGCAUAUAGUCAGUUAAACUCAGAUCAUCACAGCAAAACCACUACCAUAAAAGUAACACCUAAAAGGGAUCAGAAGGUUGCUGAUUCGUGUCAUCGCAGUCGCAGCCUUGGGGAUCAUCUUGGUGCUUCUCGCAUAGAUAGUUCCCUUAGUACUCCGGAUAGAGUUUCUGAAGAUAUUGUCAGAUGUAUCUCUUCUAUAUACUGCAAACUUGCCACUCCUCAAGCUCAGGCAGCACUAUCAGCUUCUCCUACUUCAUCUUUAUCUUCCUCGAGUAUAUUUUCUUCAAAGAAUCCUUGUGAAAGUUGGAGUCCACAUUGCAAUGAUUAUUCUAUGGCAGAUCAUGAAGGGUUCAAAGAUAAUAACGGACCAUAUACUUCCAUGAUAGAGGUGCUGAAGAUAUGCUUAGAUGAUGACAGCUUUAAUUAUGCUGCUCAAAUGCUCCAGAAUUUCAGGUCAUUGGUUCGAAGUCUUGAGAAGGUUGAUGUUCUGAAGAUGAAGCGUGAAGAGAAGCUUGCAUUCUGGAUUAAUAUCCACAAUGCCUUGGUUAUGCAUGCAUUCUUGGCAUACGGAACACAUAAUCGUGCGAGGAGUACUUUGAUUUUGAAGGCAGCCUACAACAUAGGGGGACAUUUCGUAAAUGCGUAUGUCAUACAGAGCUCCAUUUUAGGAAUUCGAGCGCACCACGCAGCACCGUGGCUACAAUCAUUGCUGAAUUCAGGAAAGAAGCUCAAGACUGGAAGCUUGAAGCACAUAUACGCCCUAGAAUACCCUGAGCCACUAGUCCACUUUGCUCUAUGCUCCGGCGCUUACUCUGACCCAGCGGUUCGGGCAUACACUGCAAAGGGUAUAUUCCAGGAUCUGAAACUUGCUAAAAGAGAAUUUAUUCAAGCCAGUAUCUACACAGAUAAUGAUACAAAGGUUUACCUCCCAAAAAUUCUUCAGUACUUUGCAAAGGACAUGUCCCUAAGUAUCCAUGGACUGUUGGAAGAAAUAGAGGAUUGUAUCUCAGAAAUCCAAAAGAAAGCUAUAGGCAGCUGUGUGAAGGGGAGACUUGACAAGUCUGUACAUUGGCAACCUCAAAGCCAAACAUUUCGGUAUGUCAUUCAUGAGGAAUUAGCCACAGUAAGAAUAGCAACUGAAUAAUUCAACUUGUGGUUACGACUAGGCUUUGGGUUUUUGUGCAAAGUUUCCCAAUCUUAGAAUGGUACUAGUACAUGAAAGUAUAUAGGCAUUGAAAUACUUGUACAAACCACUGAUCGAUUUAAUCCAUAAAUUCAUACAUGCUGUACAUGGAGGAUAAAUUAUUAUUAU